AUGCUCCGGCGCGCAGCGGCCCUUCCGCGAAUUGGACACGCAGCCCUCUUGACGAAUGCGACGCCGCAUCUCCCCGCCUAUCGCAUCCCUUCUAUCAGACGGCCGAUAUCGUUUUUGCCAUGGCGGAAAAAAUCAACGUCGGAAGGCCUUCCGGUCUAUUUUGCGCAACCCAGCAGCCCACCUAAACCGGGUGCCUUCCGACGCCAGUUAGGCCGCAUACUCUUCACAACACUAGCUGCAUAUGCCUGUUGGCAGAUCUUCGCGACCGUUGUUUUUGAUCCGCUAUUAGACUGGGCAGACCACGAAUGGGAGGCUUUGUCGGAGAAGGAAAAGAAAGAGAUGGAAGACAUGGCGGAGGAAGACGAACCCAUUCUCUUCCUUCCGUUCCCAUUUACGACAAAAGAGGUCAAACAACCUCCGUAUAAGGGCUCGGAUCCUGAGUGGGCAACAUUCCUCGCUGUUAAUAAAGAUCGCCAAUUGCAAAACGACAUCCAGAUGGGGCUAGCUGAACUUAUACGACGAGGAGUUGAAAGAAACCCUGCCUAUGUUCAAUUGCUUGGCGGCCGAGAUAUCAAACUGAAAAAAUUCUGGCUGGAUAUUAUUUAUCCCCCAGCACCGCCUCCUAAACACUAUGUUUCUGGCAUCAUCAUCGAUGACGACGGCAUAUUUUGGGGCGAUCGACCAAUGGAUUCGUUAGCCGCAAACCACCUGAACACAGCUAUAUAUCCCAAGGCAGUGGCAUUAUCAGUGUGGGCAUUUAUCGAUUCGUUGACCAGACAAACAGCACAAGACAUUGCCAAAGCUUUGGGUUUCAACACACCACCUCCACCCGAAGCCACAUGGCAGGCUGCCAUACUAAACCGCAUCAAAGAACAAAGCGAGCUCGGAACAGCUGGCAAGCAAACAGUCAGAGUCCCAGGACAGCCAGACAAGGCAAACUUUCCUCUUCACACUGGGAUGAGCGAAAUACCUGGCACGCCGUUCAGUGGCGUAAGCCAAGUCGAUCCGCGGAUUCAAGCCGCCCUUCAGGCAGCUACAGUGACGUUUACGAAAAACUGGCAGCCUGCAAGGCAGCCGCCAAGCCGCGGAUGUAUCAAAGUUGAUGGGCUUGUAGAGUUGCAGGGAAAAUCUGCGGUCAUGGCUGUAUACGUCUUGGGGUGGUACGACCCGAAACAACGAAAGUUUAUGGGCGUCCAGACUGGACUGAAGCAUCUGCUACAGCUGAAGCAGAGACCGGGGGGUGGGAGCUAA